AUUCAGACAGAGGGAAGAGGAAACAGAGAGAAGAGGGACAGUCUGAGGGGCAAUUUUUUAUAAAAAAAAAAUGGCAGAUGCUCAUAAAGUCAUCUCAAAUCUCAGGAUUGUGAUGCUGGGUAAAACUGGAGCUGGAAAGAGCGCAACAGGAAACACCAUCCUGAGAAAAAAGGUGUUUGAAGAAAAACAAUCUUUUGAAUCUGUCACAAAAACAUGCCAAAGAGAAGAGCUGUAUGUGCAAGACAGGAAAAUCUUAGUGGUUGACACUCCAGGACUGUUUGAUACAUCACUCAGUGAAAAACAAUUGAAGGAUGAAAUUGAGAAGUGUAUCUACAAAUCUGCUCCUGGUCCUCAUGUGUUUCUGCUGGUCAUAAGACUGGACGAGAGAUUCACAAAGGAACAGAGAAAUGCAGUGAAAUGGAUUCAAGAGAACUUUGGAGAAGAAGCUGCUCAUUACACCAUCAUUCUUUUUACUAGAGCUGAUCUGAUUGAAAACCCUAUAAAGAACAUUAUGGGCACAGACACGAUUACGGAGCUAGUCGGAAAAUGUGCAGAUAGAUAUCAUGUUUUCAGUAACAAAGAUGAAAAUAAUGAAUCACAGCUCGCUGAACUGCUGAAGAAGAUAGACAAAAUGGUGAUUAAGCAAGGAGGAAUGCAUUACACAAACGAGAUGUACAAGGAAGCUCAGAGAAAUAUACAAAUGAAGAAGGCAACCUUAGUGGGAACAGCUGUAUUUGGUGCAGGAGCAGCAGUUGGAGGUAUAGCACUGGCCACUGCUACUGGUGGAGUGGCACUACCUGCAGCUUUAAUCAUUGGAGGUGCUGCUGUUGCUGCAGGAGGAGCAAAAUUUGCUGCCAGUAGAGAUAAGUAGCAUAAAGAGUUAUUAAUUUGUGGAUGGUUAUGAAAUGGUUAAUGUGUAUGCUUAAUGUUUCUUCUGUUAACUCUCUUCACUCUAAUACUCAGUGUUUGAUACCAUUACUUCUUUAACCAAAAUCCAUUCACUGAUCUCAUGUAUAUCCGGUAUAUAACAUUCAUCUGUGCAGUGAUAGCGUAGGCUAAAACUAUGGUUGAAUAUUUAAAAAAAAAAUUAAAUAUACAUAACUUACAUUGAUACCUUAGUCAUAAACCAUAAAUUCAACCAUAGUUUUAGCCUACAUACAUACAUAUAAACUGUUUAUUUACCAGUAAUUUCAUUUUUGGCCUCAACCACAUAGAAUUUUUGUUUUGCUUAAAACCUUUUACAUUUAAAAAUUAAAGAUCUCCUCAUUGUUAAGUGUUUCUCCAGCCUUUCUUUAUGUGGAAUAUACCCUUGUGUGGAAUUUACCUAUUGUGUGAAUCUAUAAAAUACUGUUAACCUUAAUUUUUUUGUUUGUGAGUGUUCUUCAACAAUGUAUUGUGACAGUCUGACAGUGUUGAUGAAAAAUGGGGACACAACUUUAAAAUCUUAUGGGACCCACUUAAUAUUAAGUGGCCUUAACUACUAUGUACUUACAUUUUAAUUAAUAAUUUAGUACAAUGUACUUAU